UUGCAGGCUUAUUUCCGCCAGCGUAGGUCACAUGAUCGACCCCCUCCUAAGAUGGCGGACAAUCUGCCCUCGGAGUUUGAUGUGGUGGUGAUAGGAACCGGUUUGCCUGAAUCUAUCAUUGCAUCUGCAUGCUCAAGAAGUGGCCAGAGGGUUCUACAUGUUGACUCGAGAAAUUACUAUGGCGGAAACUGGGCCAGUUUUAGCUUUUCAGGAUUAUUGUCCUGGAUUAAGGAAAACCAGGAAAAAACUGAUAUCGGAGAGGACAGUGAAGACUGGAGAAAAUUGAUCCUUGAAACAGAAGAAGCUAUUUCUCUUAACAAGAAGGAUAACACCAUUCAGCAUGUAGAAGAUGUCUGCUAUGCUAGUCAGGAAUUAGCUGAAGAUGUUAAAGAAGCUGGUGCAUUGCCAAAGCUACCUGCCUUUGAAGCUUCUGAUACUAGUGAGGCUGCUCAGGAGUCUGAAAAAGAGUGCCUGCCUGUGGAAAGUCAGUCAUUGGGGACCGAGAGCUGUGAAACAUAUCCAGAAAGUGUUACGUGUAAUGAUCUGGAGAGUACGACAGAAAGGAAGGAUGCAGAAAUGACCUCUGAGAGAGAGCACCUCUGUGAUGCAACUUUUGAUCAGUCUGCUUUGGAAACAGGAAAAGCAGAAAAUGUAUCAACUGCAGAAGCUGCUGCCUUGGAACCAAAGAAAAUUACUUACGCGCAAAUUGUUAAAGAAGGCAGGAGAUUUAAUAUUGAUUUAGUUUCCAAGCUGCUCUAUUCCCGGGGACUGUUAAUUGACCUCCUAACUAAGUCUAAUGUUAGCCGAUAUGCGGAGUUCAAAAAUGUCACCAGGAUUCUUGCAUUUCAAGAAGGAAGAGUGGAACAGGUACCUUGUUCCAGAGCAGAUGUCUUCAACAGCAAAAAGCUCACUAUGGUGGAAAAGAGAAUGCUAAUGAAAUUUUUGACAUUUUGUUUGGAGUAUGAACAACAUCCCGAUGAAUACCAAGAUUACAAGGAAUGUACAUUUUCAGAAUAUUUGAAAACCCAGAAAUUAACAGCUAACUUGCAGCACUUUAUUCUGCAUUCUAUUGCAAUGGUGUCGGAGGCUGACAGUGACACCAUAGAUGGGCUCAAGGCAACAAAGCACUUUCUUCAGUGUCUUGGCCGUUAUGGCAAUACACCCUUUUUGUUUCCUUUGUAUGGUCAAGGAGAGAUCCCACAAUGCUUCUGCAGGAUGUGUGCCGUAUUCGGUGGAAUCUAUUGUCUUCGCCAUUCAGUACAGUGCCUUGUAGUGGACAAAGAAUCUGGACGAUGUAAAGCACUCAUAGAUCAUUUUGGGCAAAGAAUAAGUGCUAACUAUUUUGUGGUGGAAGACAGUUACCUUUCAGAGAAAACUUGCACAAAUGUGUGUUACAGGCAGAUCUCCAGAGCAGUGCUCAUUACAGAUCAAUCUGUACUAAAGACAGAUUCAGACCAGCAGAUUUCCAUUUUGACAGUGCCACCAGUGGAACAAGGGCAGCCAGCAGUUCGAAUCAUUGAGUUGUGUUCUUCAACCAUGACAUGCAUGAGAAACACCUACUUGGUUCAUUUUACCUGCUCAUCAACUAAAACUGCUAAAGAAGAUUUAGAGCCUGUUGUACAGAAACUGUUCUCCCUAAAUGCUGAAACAGAGAGAGAGUCUGAAAAUGGAGGAGAACUGGGAAAGCCCAGAGUCCUAUGGGCAGUAUACUUCAACAUGAGAGAUUCUUCAGGCAUUGACAGGAAUUCAUAUGACUGUUUACCCUCAAACGUCUAUGUCUGUUCUGGGCCAGAUUAUGCAUUAGGAAAUGACUAUGCUGUCAAACAGGCUGAGACAUUUUUUCAAGAAAUGUUUCCUAAGGAGGAAUUCUGUCCACCACCACCAAAUCCAGAAGAUAUUAUCUAUGAUGGAGAUGGGACUCAGCCAGAAGAUCCUGGAUUCAGUAGUUCAUCCAAUACAAAAACAGAGCCUUCACCCAAGGAAAGCAGUGAUGGAGAUAGCUGUAAAGUUUCAGAAGAACAUCAUGAAGAAUAGAACAUACUGAGAUUGAACCCAGUAUUGCUGUCAUCUUAGUGGAAGAGUUUGACUUACUUGGGGGGUUAAUACAAACAGUUGUAUUUAUUAUAUGUGAUCUCCCUAGGUUGAAUACUAUCUUACUUUUUAAGGAGCUUCAUUUGAUUUUGGUGGGACUGCUUAUAAUUGAGUAAUACUCAACCUGUCACAGGGAGGUUAUCAGAGCUGGAUCCAGAAUCAGAAAAUAAAACAUUUCAUUUUCAAAUCUGAUUUUAAUUUCCUUGAAGACUUUUUUGUUUUUUAGUAAUGAUUUCUCCACCUUACAAACAGAGACACACUUCAAGAUUAUCAAUAACAACAAAACUUGUGAGUUAGUUAAAUAUAAUAGACAAUGGGACAAUCAUCUGCUGAUGUAAAUUGUAAUAGCUAUAUUGACUUCAAUUUACACCAGCUGACAAUCUGCCCCAAAAUCUUUCCCUCCUUUAAAUUGUAUAUAAGGAGGGAACAUUAAACACUAUUGACAGUUCUAGACUGUUCAAGCAGAUAAUUUUUAUAUUUGCUGAUACUAUAUUAGUUUUUGAAAUUAGUGUCAUAGGUUCAUUAGUCAUAUUAAGCAGAAAUAAACUGUAUAUAAUAAAUACAUUGGUCUCAGUUGAAACCAAGUAUAUUAGUACUUAAAACAUUAAAAAGAUUUAAUACAUUCCUUUUUUGACUGAUGUCAAGAAUUUAACUAUAUUUGCCAGUGACAUGACUUUUACAGUCUAGUCAGGAAGAAAAUAUAAUUAUUUAAAAUUACUGCUGGACUUUCUUACAUAAUUAAGAACCACCAGAAAUACAGCAUGUUUUGAGUCUCUGUAAAUAUUUGGUUUAAACAAGAUUAAGGCCCCAAACUUGCAUGUACAUAAGGGUUUGCAGGACUAGAGUCUGUAAAAUUUAAAUAGUUAAAAUAGAAAAUUUUGGCCAUAGUUUUGGAGGGAAAAUGUUGGACUGGUUGUAAUUACAAUUGUCUUCAUCCAAAAUGAUGAGUCUAAAAGUAGUGAGAUAGUUGUAAAUUAUGCAUUUUGUAAUGAUAAAUCAUAAAGCAUAUUUAUACAAGGGAAUUUGUAAAUGUAUUUGUAAACUUGGUUUGUGUACAGAAUUACAAAACCAGAAAAAUCUUGAAAAGGUUACUGAUAGUAAAUAGGCUCUCACUCUAGCGAAAGAAAGAAAGAAAGACGUACAUAUGGGCUUUUAAUUACAAAAAACUGAAAUUUGAGUGGUGGAAGUUUUACCAUAAAAUCUAAACAUUUUACCUGAAGUCAAACAUAUACAAUAUAAUUUGCCAAUAUCUAUACAUAUAUAUAGUAAACAAAUUUUGAUGAUUGUCAGAAUUUAAACUGCUACAUAAGCUUAGAUAUGAUUAUACCAUUAUACAACAAAUUAUAGUACUGUUUUAAAUACUGUACAUCAAUACAAAUAAUGCCAUCAAAUAAUUUUUGUCUGGUAUUGACUGAAAUUAUUGACACAGCUAGGAUUUUCUACAGUUUUUCAGUAAAUGUGCCUGCCUUGGAGAUGGCUUUGUGCCAUAAAGGUUGAUUUAUUUAUUUUUUUACAACAUAGUCAACACAAUGUAGAACUUUAUUUUCUGUCAUGCAUCAUAAUACAAUAUCCAGAUUGCAUUUAUUAAACGUGUGUUAAUGUUUGCAUUUUAUCACAUUUGUUUUUACUAGAUAGGCAUCAUGCUGUGUAAUCAUAAAGUCCUCAGAAAAAAUGUAGUUGAAAUCCAUUUUGAUUGCUAAAUAAUAGUGAUCCUUGGUAUGCUUGCAGUUAAGCAGCUAAUUACAGAUGGUAACAAGUAGCCUGCCUGCCUUUUCAUUCUCAGCUACCAUUCCUAUGUAUAUAUCAAAAAGCAUGAAUGUAGGUUAAUUAUAGUUAACAUCUACAAAUCUGUAAAGAAACUCAGACAAAAACCUGGUUUCUAUUUGCUUUUCAGUAACAGGAAUCAUGUUUGAGUUUUCAUCUUUUAUGUUUACAAGAAAAUAACAUUUGUUGUUUGAAAAUUAAAAGUUUGCUUGCAUGUGC